AAUAAUGAAAAAGGCGCAAAACGCAAAAAGAAACAGAAUGCAAGUGGAAAGGUAAUCGAAAUUUGCAAUAAAAGACAAGACACAAACAAGACGAAAAUUUAUCAAAAAAAUACGUGCUCUUACAUUAAGUAAAACUUUUCAAAUUAGCAAAAAAUAAAAAAGUUUCGCUCCCAAGAAAAACCUAUCUGGUUUAAUGAAACUUUUGAAACCUAGCUGGGUGCAUCAUGACGAUAAGCCAAUAUUCUCCGUGGAUGUGCACCAGGAAUGUCUUAAAUUUGCCACUGGCGGUCAGGGCUUGGAUUCCGGGCGUGUCGUGAUAUGGAAUUUAUUACCAGUACUAUCGGAAAAAGUAGAACAGGAUGAGAACGUACCAAAGAUGCUAUGCCAAUUGGACAACCAUUUGGCAUGUGUAAAUUGCGUUCGUUGGUCACCUAAUGGUCAAAUGUUAGCUUCGGGGUCGGAUGAUAAAUUGGUUAUGAUUUGGAGAAUGUCAAAGGGGCCAAGUGGAGUUUUCGGUACGGGAGGUCUUCAAAAAAAUGCCGAAUCAUGGAAAUGUACGGCUACUCUACGUGGGCACUCAGGGGAUGUGCUUGACCUGGCUUGGUCUCCUAAUGAACGAUGGUUAGCCAGUUGUAGUAUUGAUAAUACCAUCAUCAUCUGGGAUGUACAAUCUUUUCCCAAUAUGGUUACAACUUUGAGGGGCCACACUGGAUUGGUUAAAGGAGUAGCGUGGGAUCCCCUGGGGAAGUUUUUGGCAUCUCAAAGUGAUGACCGAAGUGUUAAAAUGUGGAAGACCAGUGAUUGGAGUUGUAGCAGCACUAUUACUGAGCCCUUUAAAGGUUGCGGCGGCACCACUCAUAUACUUCGGUUAUCUUGGUCCCCGGAUGGACUGUACCUAGUGUCAGCACAUGCUAUGAACGGCGGAGGCCCUACUGCACGCAUUAUAGAACGAGAGGGAUGGAAAUGUGACAAAGACUUUGUAGGUCACAGAAAAGCUGUAACAUGCGUUCGGUUCCACGACACAGUCUUGACAAGGCAGGCAUCCAACGCAGAUAGAAAACUUCAGUAUUGUUGUAUGGCGAUGGGCUCCAGAGAUCGAUCGUUAUCAGUUUGGAUGACUGCAUUAAAUCGACCAUUAGUCGUUAUACACGAUCUAUUCAGUGAUAGCAUAUUGGAUCUUUCUUGGGGACCAGCAAAAUGUAUUUUGAUGGCAUGUAGUGGCGAUGGAACAGUGGCUUGCUUGCAAUUUUCUGAAAGCGAACUUGGAACUCCUGUUUCAGAUGAAGAAAAGAACUCGUUGUUUCAAAAAACAUACGGAAAAAGUGUAACCCUUGAAAACGGUUCUAGUGGUGGAGCUGACAUACUGAUUGAAAAUCCCGAACUUCUGGGCGAGACACAAGAGAAGCCUAUGCCUCCCAGCUUGCCAACAGCAAAUAUUAGUAAACAAAACUACAACGUUACUCAGCCAACCGCGUUGGUUGCCAUAUCGAACGGACAUUCCGAAUUGCCUUCUACAAAUUUGUGUUCAACAGGAAGCGACGAAGUGCGGCCAAGCAAUACUAAUGCAGUUAGGAAACAAACAGAAACUAGAACUGCUGACGGAAAACGACGCAUUACUCCAGUUUUUGUAGCACUUAAUCAAGAUGUGAGUGAGUCUCCGAACACGUCGCACCUUGUAUCGAAUUCUCCAGCUGUAACAGCAUGGAAUUCCAAUACAUCAACAGCAAUAACGACAGCAAGCAUAUCUGCAGAAGUGAAUCCACCAGGAACGAGCACAUUUGCCAAACCGACGAUAACUGAGGCCCAAGAAAUAUGCUUGGAUGCCCGACUUAUAAAAACUACAUCAUCUGCUGCAAAAUUACAGCCCCAAAAAGCGGAAAAUAGUUCGGUGAAGACAUUCCCGCUCAUUGUCACUUCAAAGUCAUCUACCAGCGCCCCCUUCAGCGGAGCAACAACCUUGGCAACUGAUCAUUUACCCACAGCUGUGAAACCAUACCAAGCUUCUACUACUGGUCCAAAAUUGGUUAUUAAUAGCAACACAAAAUGUGAAUUCCAAAAAACUGCCCUAGACCAUAGAGUUCAUGUUCACAAUGGGUAUUUAGGUACUGGUAGUGGGUUUUUGGCAAAAGUGACCGGCUACAAUAUACAAAGGCCGGCUCAGAUAGAAAAACUUUGGGAAAUUUUAGUUGGUUCGCCAAUUGUUAAUUUGAAUUUUUGCCAUAAGCACGUGAUGCUGUGCAGUAUGGAUGGUACAUUGCGUUUGAUGGAUAUGCAUACUGGCAGAGCCAAAAUGCCCGUUAUAAGUAUAAGUUCAGCUGCGGUUCAGUGCACUUUCUGUCCCAGUGGUCGCUUGGUUGGUGUGGUUACCGACUGCGGCACUUUACGCAUCUGGCACAUUGAGGAGCGGCGUAUAUUUUUAUCAACGACUUGUAAUGAUAUUGGCGGAAAGCUAGGCACGGUUGUACAAUUUAAUAUCACAGAAGACGGCAUACCGAUGAUUUUAUAUGCCAAUGGUAGUGCUUAUUCAUAUUCGCCGCAACUGCAAUCAUGGCUUGUACUCAAUAAUAAGGAUCCUCUAGUACGUCAUGGUCUGCAAACCACGAUUCCUAAAGAUUUUGAGAAAAACUAUUUUUCAUAUCCAUUGAUUUCCACACAAGCUGCAACCAAUACAUUUGCUGCCAUGAACACUUCAGUAGAUAUGAAUAUGCAGGACUGGCAGUCCAGUGCCAAACUGAAUUUUAUAGAAAAUCAACUUAUGAUAGCAGAAGCCAUUAAUUCCCCCGAAGAAUUGAUUUUCUGGUACAACAUGUACGCGUAUCAGCUGGCGCUUAGCGGGACUGAACAACGUUUAAGGAUAUUACUGGAUGAUUUGCUGGGCUCUUCACCACGUAAUGGCGGGCUCGAUCACAAAAUACUGGCAGUGCCCAAGCAUCAAUUAUUAGAGAACGUGCUGAAUACACUUAAACCGCAUGUAAAAUGGCAGCGGUUGUAUAUGGAAUAUCACGAGCUGUUCGAGUUUUGUAUGAGACCGGGUUCAAGUGUUGUCACAGAUGUCGUUAUGACGACUCCUCCAAAUACGAAUAUGGAAACCGAGGCAAAUUUGUCGAAAUCAAGGGAUGUAAUGUAGGCAUUGUAUAUUUUCGAAUUGUUAACGAAAAAAGAAACAAACGACUGCCAACCGUUAUAGUGCGAUAAACGACCAAAGUCGGCCUGUAAACAGGUUAAAUACCAUGCAAUUAUUGUUGAAAAAUUUAAAAACAAGUUCAGCACAGAGUUGUAUUAGAAAUCUUUAACAAAUCAUGGAGAAACACAUAGUGGAACGUGUAUUUGCCUAAGGACUGCCACCACAGAGUUAUUCCCCAUUUAGGCAUUGUUUAUGCUGCUACAAGUAGCCUGUUCGACAACCUGAAAAUUCGUUCCCACGACAGUCGGGCCUACGUAACCGGAACGACCCAGAAUUAUAUUUGGCAGAGGAAUCUCCAAAAACUACAAUAAAAACCUGAUAAUUAUCAAAAAGUAUCAGAUUUGGCGUUCAUAUAAGCGAACACUUCCAAAGUUGUUUAUUCUUACUGGUAAAAAUGUUCUACAAGAAAAACAGCUGAUCUGAUUGAAAUGUAUAGCUUCUUUUACUUUGAAAUACAUAUAUACAUAGCUUUACAUUUUGAUUCUUAUUUGUUACGCAAUUGCAUGUAAAAAACUGUGAUCAGCAGCAUCUUAAACUUUCAAGUUUUAAAAUUAAGCGUUGGCUUACCUUUUUAAUUUUUGUAUUGAGAUACAAUUUUUCAUUACUCCCUUGUUGCUGUUGUUGUAGCGGGUGCUUAGCCGUUCAUUACUCUUCUGCAAGUUGUGCUGAAUAAUUUUAUUAGUUAUUUCCCAUUGUGUCUCCUUGCCUUCAGUCACGAAUGGCUAUACAAUUUAUGAGUCCUAGCCCCAUUAUGUAUGGGGACUGGUGUCUACAUAGAUGCUGGUCUAGUAACCAUGGCUACACAUAUCGUACUUUGUAUUAUGUAUAGCUACUAAUCUCAGUAUAGAGAAAACGCAGACAUGUACAUUUCAAAGUAAUUCAUGUUCAAUUCAAAGCAACCGUGUUCAUUAAAUCUUUAUCGGAAUCUUCCGUAUACAACACUGCGCUGAACUGUUUCCGAGCAUGUUAAUUGGCUUAACAAGUUAACUUACUGCAUUUUAUUUAACAUGUUUGCGAGCUGAUUUUCCCGAUUUAACAAGUUAAUUGGUGUAUUUUUGAAUGUAGUGCUAGAUCGAGUUGAAAACGUUUUUCCAUCAAUUUGGCAAGCG